AUGGUGCGACGAAAAUUUCGGCUGCUAGUUCUUCUAGCGAGCGUCUGGCUUUUUGGUGUUAUUGUCUAUAAUUUCGGAUGGAAUCACCAGAGUGUCAGCAGCAGUCAUCGGAACAUACUGUUAAGCCGAAAUGAGUUUUUGCCACAUAAUAAUGACCAGAAAUCACUACAGCAAUAUAUCCACCAGCCAGAGAAAGAUUGGAGGGGCAUUAAAAAACAUAAACUUUCUGUUGUUUCUGCUGAACAAAAACAGGUUGUAACGGAAACUAGAAAAGACCAUAUCCUACAAGAUGAUGAUAAAGCUGGGGACAUUCCUUGGCAAGAGUUUGAUUCUCAAAAAUAUAUUAGCAAGCAGCAGCUGCAGUCUGGCAUGGAUGCAUAUGAGAAAAAUAAAUUUAAUCAAAUAGCAAGUGACAAAACUGCAAGUGAUCGUAAUGUUCCUGACACAAGGCAUCCAGAUUGUAGGACAAGGUCUUGGAGUUCAGACCUUCCAGACACAUCAGUAAUUAUCACAUUUCACAAUGAAGCCAGGUCAGCAUUGUUCAGAACUAUAGUCAGUGUCUUCCGAAAGAGUCCUGCACAUUUGAUACGAGAAAUCAUCCUCGUUGAUGACUUCAGUGAUGACCCUACUGAUGGGACAGAACUGGAAGUCAUAAAGAAAGUGAUCGUUCUGAGAAAUGAUAAACGUCAAGGUCUUAUUAGGUCUAGGGUGAAAGGAGCUGAAGCAGCCAAGGGCAAAGUUCUAACUUUUCUGGACAGUCACUGUGAGUGUAAUGAGAACUGGCUCGAACCCUUACUUGAAAGAGUUGCUGAGAACAGAAAGAAUGUUGUCAGUCCCAUCAUAGAUGUAAUCAGCAUGGACAACUUUGACUAUAUAGGAGCAUCAGCUGAUCUUAAAGGGGGUUUUGACUGGAACCUGGUGUUUAAGUGGGAUUACAUGACCCCUGAAGAAAGAAAUAGAAGACGACAUAAACCUGUGUCACCAAUCAAAACACCAAUGAUAGCAGGUGGUCUCUUCUCCAUAGAUAAAUCUUGGUUCAAUGAGGUUGGCCAGUAUGACCUUCAGAUGGAUGUGUGGGGAGGAGAAAACUUGG